AUGCGGGGCUGUGGUGUUCUCUGCGCGCGGUGUACGGCGCCGGCGAGGGUCGCCCCCGCCACCUGCUCGAUGCCGCCGCCGACGCGAAACCCUCCAUUGCCGGCGCUGCUGUCCGCGGCGCACUACGGGCCACGGCUACCCGCCCUGUCGCUGCUGCCGCUAGCGAGUGCCGCGACUCCGCAGGUUAUUCCGCCGCCGCCGCCGCCCCCGCCGAUGCGGGGGAGUUUUAUUGACCGUAAGCCCGCCUGGUCCUCGUUCAACGAGAAACACACCGCCGGGUCCUUCCGCCGCCGCAUCGUCGCCAGCGCCGAUGUCUCGCAGAGGCCGCCGCAGUUUCAUCUUAGCAACGCCACGAAGGCUGCCGAAGAGGCGGCCGCCGGCUACGGCGAGCAGCUUGAGGAACUCAGCGCGCGUUGGGCGGCGAAGUUCUACGGCCGUGUGACGUUUGGCCCACGCAACUACCCGUACCCCUCCUCGCGCUGGCUGGCGCGGCGAUUCAAGAUGAAGAAGCACCGAAUCAUCAAACGAUUCCGCUUUCGGCGGUACAAGUUAGCGGCCGUGGCGAACCUGCCCUUUGCAAAGAUGAUCCGGGUUGGGCUGCUGCCGGAGCUUAAGAGCAGCAAGACGAAGAAGGGCGACGCGGUGGAGGCGGACCUCAGCGGGCGACUCGUGAGCGCGGUGCGCGGGGCUGGGGGGAAGCAGAAGGGGCACCGCGGAAGGCCCAAGUCCAAAUACCAGGUUUAA